UUUGAUCCUGUCUUCUCUAAUCCUCCCCUUCUUCAGCUGUCCCUAAUCCGUCUGCAGAUAGUACAGAGCUCUAGGAGUCAUGCUCAGUUUGGUGUGUAUUUGCGGAGGGUGCAUGUGAUUAACACAGGGCCAAUCGGCACUGUCCAGACAGAGGGUCAGGGGCCAUGCAGCCUCAUAGGACAGUCAGAGCAGAAUGAAAACUCCUCCUACAAGCUUUAACCAGUUCUCAGCUGGACACUGAUAGAAAUCACAAGACUGCUAUAUAUUGCUGAUGAGAAAAGGUAUUUAGCAGUUUAUAUUUACUAA